CUACCUCUCUCUCUCGCCAGGCGAUCGACACCAGCUCAGCACUGUCAGCUUACCGCCUGCUGCUUCUUCCAGGGAAUAACGUGUGAACAGCCUGAACAGUUUUCCUCAGAGACGUCUGCUAAAGAAACAAUCAUAUACUGAGAUCAUUGCAGAAAUGCCUCAGCUGUCUGUCCUGCUGCCUCUGACAGGCCUUUUCUUCCUUCUCUCCUCAAUGCUUGGCUCAGAAGCCAGCGUGCCUGAUCCAGUGACCUGUACAACACGUGGAGCAGACCUGACCCAGGACACUGUGGUGGUUUUAUGCCCCCCACGGUGCAUGCAGUCGAGGAUGUCUGUGUUUGGGACGGGAGUCUACGCCGCUGUCUCAUCCAUCUGUGGAGCCGCUGUCCAUAGAGGUAUCCUAGGGCCGGCUGGAGGCCCUGUUAGAGUUCAUAAGCUGCAGGGACGACACAACUACAUGAGCUCGUACGCGCACGGCGUCCACUCACAGGCUCUGUCUCACUGGACCGCCUCCUUCAGCCUCACCAAGCCCAUUAUUGUUCCACAAGAGUUAACCAGUGAGACCAGCACCACAGCUCUUCCUGCAGCUGCACAACCAGCAAAGAAACUGCUGAAGAAGCCAUCAGUGAAGAAAGCCCUGGCAGGUGGGAAUAGAGACUGUCAGAUGGACAUUGCCAUGGUGAUUGACAGCAGCAACAACAUUGGUCAGCGGAGGUUCAACCUGCAGAAGAACUUUGUUACCAAACUGGUGGCCAUGCUUAGAGUCGGACCAACAGGACCUCAUAUCGGUUUAAUACAGGCCAGUGACUCUCCCAGGACUGAGUUCCUGCUGACCAACUACAGUCAGCCUAAAGAGCUGCUGUUUGCUAUCAAGGAGUUGGCCUAUCUUGGAGGAGACACCAACACAGGUAAAGCCAUCAUGCAUACAGCAGAGACCUUUUUCUCCCAGGAGAAUGGGGGGAGACGGGGUCACCCCCGGGUGAUGAUGGUGCUGAUUGAUGGCUGGCCGUCUGAUGACCUAGAGCAGGCGGCCAUGUUGGCCAGAGAGAGCGGGAUCAAUGUCUUUCUGGUGUCUGUGGCCAAACCGGCACCUGAGGAGCUCAGCAUGGUUCGAGACAAAGACUUCAUGAAGAAGGCUGUGUGUAAAGAUAAUGGCUUCUUCAGUUAUCCAAUCCCCAACUGGUUCAGCACCACCAAACAUGUCAGACCUCUCAUUCAGAGACUCUGUUUGCUAGAUGGCCUGCUCUGUAGUAAAACCUGCUACAAUUCUGUGAACAUUGGCUUUCUCAUCGAUGGGUCGUCCAGCGUCGGGCAAGGAAACUUCCAGCUUGUCCUGGAAUUCCUAGCAGGAAUCGCGAGGAGCUUCGAAAUCUCAGAUGUGGGAUCUCACAUUGGCGCAGUGCAGUUCACAUAUGAUCAGAGGCUGGAGUUUGGCUUGUCUGACUACUCAAACAAGGAGGACGCCAUCAAUGCUCUGAGAAGGAUCCCCUACAUGAGUGGAGGAACAGCGACCGGUUCCGCCAUAAGCUACACCACCCAGAAUCUGUUCAGGCGAACAGGACCGGGUCGCAAUUUUCUCAUAGUGGUGACAGAUGGCCAAUCGUAUGAUGACGUGAGAGGCCCAGCAAUGGCUGCACAUAAACAAGGCAUUACCAUCUUCUCGGUGGGCGUAGCCUGGGCACCCCUGGAUGACCUCAGAGCGAUGUCAUCAGAGCCGAAGGAGAACCACACUUUCUUCACUAGAGAGUUCAACGGCCUUGCAGAGUUUAUCCCACCGCUGGUGCGAGGCAUUUGCAGAGACUUCACCGAGAACAACUGAGAACACACACACGGGUUUGCAUUUCUUUACCCAUGAGGACCCUUACCCUGUCUUUCACCCUCAUCAGAAACUUUGAAAGAUCUGAUUAAAGUCACACAAACAACUAUUACAUUCACAUAUCACACUCAGUACAGCACAGUUAUCUGCAGUGACAAAAGUUUCUACAGUGACUUCUUUUAUAUAUUUUUUCUUAUAUUCUUUUACACAGUGUACUCAGAGAAAUAGACAUGUUUAAGGUUGUACCAAACUAAUAUCACCUGAAUUGUUCCAACCAGAACUAAGAGUAUACUGUGACUGAUAUGUUUUACACCUAGAGUAUAAAACCCAUCUAAAGUGCUCUGAGCUUAUUUACAAUGAGAUACAGCUGACUGGGAAAUUCAUAGUUCUCCACAAAUCAGAGAGUAGCUCUAAUUGGCUCUAAUUCAGUGGUGUAUAAGUGAAGUGUGUCUACAGUACUUUACUGACCUCAGAUCACUGUAUCUGAAAGCAGUGAUGCAUACCUCACCCAUACAUUAUAACUGUGUGACGUGUGAAGUUCCACCAGUGCUCUGUCAGGAGCUACAUAAUCAGCCAAUGGUUCAAACAUACACUUUUGCAGCCUUUUUGUAUUCUUAUUUAUGCUUUCUCUGAUCUUGGAUCAGUUCUUCGUGAUACUGGUUCAUUGGUCGUGUGCAGGUCCGAUAAUAUGUCAUUCUAUAAAGAUUUACCAUUGGCUAAACCAACAACAGAUCUCAAAGAGCAUAUUUGAAGAACUAGAGACAUGAUAAAAAUGUCCUCAAUUUGAAGGUAGAAGGCAGAAAGAACAUACAUGCACUCUGUAUAUAUACUGUACACAUUUAUCCUCCAGUACACAAAAGACAUUAAUGUACAUAAAAUACUCCAAUACACUAAACAUAUUAUUUCUAUUUAAUUUUUUUCAACAAGCUGUUGGAAAAUCAUCAGACAACUAAUCAAUAUCAAGAGUUUACUGGGAAAAAGUCAUUCAGUCUUCACUGUACACUCCACUGACAGCUCCAAUUCUGAAGCUAUAACUAUGACAGCUGGGAUAGACUCCAGCCCCACCCCACACCCC